CCUUCUUUCUUCCUUAAAUGAAAUUAUAUUAAAAUAUUCAAAAAAUAAAAUGAGUAGUUUUUCAAAUAUGUCCUAUUCCGAUUAUUCCUCUUCAAAUACCGUUUCUACCCACCAAGCUAUGAUGAAUCUAUACAGUGGUUACUUUACGAAUUAUUCCACCACGACGCCCAACGAUAGAAGCCAUUAUUGCCCCAGGUCCAAACUACACCAAGUUUGGAAAUCCAUGAUCAUAGUCAAACCACUCACUUAUAGAAACAUUCCAAAAUCUAACAAAAACAAUAACUUGAAACAAUCGCUUUUUAUCCCAGUGUACGCUUCUGAUUCUAUAUCAAGUGAUAGACUCGCAGCGCCUCUUAACACUACUAUUUCCUCAGCUGAUCUAUACUCCUACCCCGUUAAAACUCGUCAAAUUUCUUCUAUUCAAAGCGUGCCAUCCCCUUGGGAGAGAAUGCAGCUAAAAUCACCCGCGCGAAAACAGAUAUCAGAGAGAAGGAGGAAAAGAAUGAAGAGGCUCUUGCGUCGAAGAGAAUUCAUUAAACUUAAGAACGUCAUUCCUAGCAUAGCUCACAAACCUUCCUGUCAAAUAGAUCAAAUAAAAAUAUUAAACGAAGCCACUAGACAUAUCAAAGAACUAGAAAAGCAAGUCCUUCAAAAAUUAUCCUCAAAAUUUCCAACAAAUGGACUAAAUGAUAAAGAAAAAUUACAAAAGAUUCUGAUGGAAUUUUGCCGAUAGCACAUUCAGAUUUCAAGUUUGGAGAACUAAAAGAUAGACGUCCUUUUGUUCCUGGCAUUAUAUUAUAAUCUUGUGAUACAAAA